CUCUAUAUCAUCAAGGGGCUGGAGUCGACGAGUCGACGGCAUUGAGUCGCACGCCCGUGUUCAGGUUGGCGUUUUCAGGAAAUGGUUUUCAGAGCGGGUCAAAACUGCGGUUGCAAGCCAUGUCUUGCAUAUAUUCCUUAACUGUCUUUCAAGUUAGUUAUUCAGUAGACUUACAAAAAAUAAAUCGUUAACGUCAAUAAUGGCAGAAUCGACUGCUGUAGAUGAAGAGCACAAAGGAGAGAGCUCCCCAUUCAGCAAUUCUGUUUACAAGGAACUAGCCAAGUUGAAUGGACGCAUCAACCAGAUGAGCAAGGCUGCAGUAGUGUCAAAGCUGAAAGAGCUGAAGUUGAGCACUGAAGGAAACUGUGAUGUUUUAAAGAAGCGACUUAAAAACUAUUACAAGAAGAAGAAGCUAACUAGUGCCAACCUUUUUACAGCCAGCAAGCUUUCACCGUACUAUGUGAUUGUUGACUUUGAGGCAACAUGUCAGGAGACCAAUGUUCCAGAUUACCAGCAUGAAAUCAUUGAAUUCCCGGCUGUACUUGUCAGCACAGAGCUGCAACAAGUAAUAGAUCACUUCCAGGCAUACUGCCGCCCUGUACUAAACUCAACACUCUCUGGGUUUUGCAAGGAAUUGACAGGCAUCACCCAGGAGGAUGUGGAUACAGCUGACACCUUCCCACAGGUGGUGAAAGACUUUGAAGCUUGGCUCACCAAACACAAGCUAGGGUCAAAACACAAGUUCACUGUGGUGACUGAUGGACCCUGGGAUAUGGGACGCUUCCUGUACGGUCAAUGCAAGAUCUCUGGGCUGCCAUAUCCAAAGUUUGCCAAGAAGUGGAUAAACAUCAGAAAGGCAUUCAGCAACUUCUACAAGUGCAGAAGGUUCAGUUUGAAGAUGAUGCUUGAGCACCUGGAACUUGAUUUUGAGGGGCGACCACAUUGCGGGCUUGAUGAUGCUCGGAACAUUGCACGUGUUCUUCUCCGAAUGAUUAGCGAUGGUGCCUCCAUCCAGGUCAAUGAACGCAUUCAUUUAUUGGCUCUCGAAGCAAAGUCAAAAGUGGGCAAGCCAGAAUGUGUGGUAGUACCAGUUACUGCAAGUAAUCCUUACAACACAGCCAACAAGAUGCAACAGAAGCGCAGGCAAAGGGACCACCAGACAACUGUAUUUAGCGAUUCUGAUGAGGAUUCCACUUGAAUGAAAGUGGUACUGCAGACUGAAUUAGGUUCAUUCCAUCCCUGUUGCCUUGCCUGAUACACACAGGAUUCCAUGGAAUGGAAUGGAAUUUGUGUCAUCAAAAUCAUCUUACUGUUUUGUGUCAAGAAAUGUUUAAACCAUGAACUUCUUUACAAGUGUGGAUACUUGCAGGUUCGUUGUUCCUCAAGAUGUAAACAGUACAAGAUAUUUUUCAUAAUAUGGUCAACAAAUGUUUAUUUGGAACAUUUAUUCAAUCUUGUGAAUAUUUACUGAGAAAGAUAUGACUGCAUGUGCUAUUGUGUAGAUUCUGAUGGUUAUGUUUCUGUAUUUAUUGUUCAGAUAUGUAAAAUAAGUAUUUUUUGUAAGCCAUGCUUGAAAUGAACUAUAUGAAUGCAGAAAUCAGCAAGUUUUAAUGAAUGUUCAUUUCUAUAGUGAUUAGUUUGUAGAUUAUUAAAUGGCAUUAUUUAUGCUAUGAGGAUUGUGGAGUGUCGAUUGAGAUUGAAAGAUAAAGUAAGUGAUGAAUAGGUAAGGAUUUGGAAGGUGAGGGUCAUCUGAUAGUAAAAUCAUGGCAUUGACCUGGAGAGUCAGGAAACUUGUGAGAAAUUGCCCAGUUAAAUUCUAACUGCUUACCCUUCAGAUAUAUGUCUAUAGUACAACUACUACACCAUCGUGCUCAGUUUUAUUGAUAUAGAUAUAUGCAAAGUGACUUCCAGCAUUCUCUUAGGAGGGAUUGUCACAUAUACUCCUAAUCAGAUUCACAGAUACUUUGAUUAUAUUCUAGUUUUUCUUGAUAACUUUGAACAGACUUGGUUGCAUAAACUUUAUAUCCACUGUUGCAGUAGACUUGACUUGAUGCAUUGGUCCUCAUGUUAACAAGAAACCAGAACCUAUUCCAUAUCCUGACAACAUUAUUUGGACUUAAUAUCAUGAAAUACACUAGACUCAUAAGAUAUUUGAACACAAAACAUUUUACUUCCUCAGCAGUAAUGAAGAUAGCCUUAUUUUGUAUUUUGUUUAUAAGUGUUUUGACUUUUUUCUUCUUCUUUCUCAUGCUCACUUUGUAGUUGGUCUCUGGGCUGUUAAGUUUGCACAUAAAUAAAUUAAGAGUUGAUGUUGUUA